AUGGCUCCGCGUGACGAUCGUCUUCAAUCGGAGAAGGAGGAAUCUGGUCGUUUUCAGUCGGCGGACUCUCAUCAGCAGGAGCGUGGUCAGGCGCGUACAAAUGAAUACCCGGGGCAAAAUGGGCAUCAGUCACCUCGUCUCGAUCCUACCCAUGGUAGAGACUUGAGCAGAGCUCAGUCCUCAACAACAGGAAUCAAACUUUUUAGAUCCAGCUUGGUAGCGCGGAAAAGUGCGCAAAGCUACCAGUCUACUGGACGCCCACGGGGACGUCCUACUAACAAGUUAAGAUUGAGAGAUAAUAGCUUGCCUUCAUCUAGGGUUCCCUCAGCAGGUCGGCAUCAGGCGGUCACGAGAAGUAAUGGAGCGGAAAUUGAUAGAUAUACCAACCAAAAAAAUGAGGAAGAGACAAGUAAUGCCCAUUUCAGGAAGGAUGAUAGAAUGAAGAAUUCCGGAGAUGUACAAAUACCUCAAGGUCGAACAGGUCGUCCGGAUCCGAAGGAAGAUUUAGGCAGCUACAAAAGAUCCGGCUUGUCAGUGACUACAGCUAGCUCGGAUGCAACAAGAGAAUACCGCCCAGCAAACGAUGAACCUCCAAAGUCUAGAAUGAAACGCACCUCCGAGAUCAGCCUAGAAUGUCGGCCACAGGACCGUAGUACAGAGAUGAUUAGGAACCGAACUCUUUCGACAGCAUCUCAAUUCUCCCCGCCACCAGAGUUGAAAUCUAGUAGACCUUCUACAAGUUUAAGAUCGAGUGCUUCGGCUCUUCACAGAAAUUUUAAUCGUCCAGGCCUGGUUACAGUACGUGGUAGAUCCGGAGCCGAUAUCGUCACGUCUAUUUCGACUUCCGCGAUGUCGAUAUCUAGCGGCAGUACGGCGCCACAUUCUUUUCCUCACUUAGGGCAAAAGAGGGCGCGUACCUUUGAAUUCACCUUUUGUCUUAGAUGUGGAAAGCCUAGCACCGCAGAGAACGUCCUCAUUCGUUGUAGUGAAUGUGAUACGCCAUACCAUAGCUUAUGUCAUCGACCAGAUGCUAUACCCAAUAAUAAAAUUUGGAAAUGCCAGCGCUGCAAAGGCUCCGAACAGUCUAAUGCCUCCACCCCAAUGGGACAAUCAUCUAAUUCCACUUCCUCGGAAACGUCUGCCUCGUCGGUGACCUCCGCCGCUGCGCUCAUCCCCUUGUCCACAGGGCCUUCGUUUAAAUCCGAUGGGUCCGGGAUGAAUAGGACCGAUCGUCCUCGGAACGAAGAUGCGCGUCUGGAGAAUUUUCAUUCCUAUUCAGAUGAUGACCGCCUGAGGAAACGAUUUAAGGGCGAUACGUCCACCCAGAAUCAGUGGUCCUCAGAGGGUGCUGCCUUGGGUAGGGUAUACGGGGAUCUUGAGUAUGGGGAGUUGGCAAGAUCCAAGAUUUUUCAUGGAAGUCAAACGUUUGCAGUCGUAAUCGGUAGCCGUUCUCGGAGCACAUCGGCUUCUGCCGAUGGCAAGCAGAACAAUCAUCAGGGGGGUCAUCAGGAUUUUGGACAUGCCGUUGCCGCGAGGAUCUCACAAGGAACAUCGGAACGUCUUACAAAGCGCACAAGCAUCACGAGCCGUUCGUCGCCUCCGCCUGCAGCUCUUACAAGCUAUAACGAGGACCUGAGUGUCCUAAAACAGGCCCGCCUUCCAUCAGAGAUAAAGGAUUCACAAGAGAUGGAUUAUGAAUUGGUUGAUGCCCAAAUGAGCUUGGAUUCUGCAGAUCUCCACUCACCGAUGCAGGAGCGUACCAUGCAUAACUACCAAGUCCAUAACAACAUGGCCUCCGAGACUCUGGGAAGAACAACACCGUAUUGGGGCACACAUGAACAAAAUGAACCCUUUUCAAGAUACGAGAGGCCAUCGUCUUAUGAUAACCCAAGGCCACCCCCUGAAGAUAACUCUCCCCAGUAUUCUCCAAGCGUAGGAGAUCGCGAAAGGAACGAAGCUGAACGUUCUAUCAAUCGGGAAUAUCGUGAGGCAUCAUCUCCACCUUAUAGCCCGCCACCUCCUGAUGUUGAUGUACUUUAUGAGGGCCCUGUGAAGGAUCUGACACAUAUGCCCUUGCCUCAAACAACGCAGCAAGAACAACCGAAAAAUAGUGAUAAUUGGUUUUCGUGCGUAAUGUGCAACUUUUAUAUCCAAAAUAAUGGACAAUAUAAGAACAAUAUCUGUGGAUCUUGUGCCCUAAAUCCUGUACCACCGCGUAAUUCCCGGGUUAUCCAAGAACCACCUCAACCGACGGCUCAAAGAACGGCAAGGCAAGCCCGGCAUCAGGCUGGCCAAAAACCCUAUCGAAGAAGGGUACGCAAACACCCUAAACAUUUUAAACCGACUUCAUCUACGGGUUUUCCGAAUCAUGAAGCGCCCAAGGGUUCGACCCCCGAGGAAUUCUCUGUUGUGCCUGCAGCCAGAAAAUUCCAGACUUCGAAGGAUAGAGUGAAUGAGAAGUAUCCAAUGAAUGAGCCUGUGCCAAGCAAACCACGAGCAAUAAGUGUACUGCGGAAAAACAAAGAUGAAGAGCCUAUCAAAAAUACUCUAGAACUGCGCGCCUCCUGUGAUAUCUCUGAUAAGGGAGGGAAACCGGAGGCUGUCGCUACUAAUGGGAAAUCUCGGAGACCGGUUAGGCCUAGCAAUUUUACAGGCCCAGCGAGAAAAUUCCCUAGCACGCCUAUUUCCCACGAGUCUCCGCCUCCGGGAGUGGUGAGCUCCACUGAGCGACCAGUAAGCCGUAACGAUAAUAAUCCUCCGAAAAAGAUACCGCCGCGACGGCCUGCAGUAAAAAAUGCAGGCGGAUCAAUUCAAUUCACUGACUCCGAUGACUCCGAUGAGCCUGUGGGUGACAGGGCCACAAUUAUAAUGCUUCAGAAGAAAUUAGCAGAGCAGAAAAACUGCACCAAAAACCAGAGGAACAAAGUUAUAAGGCUACAGGGAGAGCUUACAGAAGUCAAGGAAGAGCUUACAGAAGCCACGAGGGAGACAAAGAGGGUCCGAGAAGAGUUCAGCGCUAAACUGGCUCAAGCACGCAAAAUUAAGAAAUCUGAUCCCGUACAACUGGAUAUAAAUGACGAAACAAAGGCGUGUGACCUGCUGGUAAAACUUACUACAGGAAAGCUUGCACCUGUACCUCUAAAAUUAAAAGAUCUCUAUAAGGAUAUCGAUUUUACCGCAUCUUCCCCUUGGCCUUGUCCUCCCGAGCUGCCCGAGCCAGAUCCGAAGAGCUUUCUUUGGAUGACGAGGUUUCCAGAGAAUAUGGUCCCAGCUGUUAAAGAUGGAGUGCUGGGAUUUCGGCCCGGUAUUAUCAAUCAACGAACCCGACGCCUUGAUCGAAACGUCCAGCACUACAAAGUCCGGACCCCUGGAGCUCUUUUGGAUAGGAUUUGA